GUUUAACAGCCGUAGGCGCUAAACAAUCGCGUUCUGAACGCAUUAAUUCUGACCCCUUUGGCGUUCCAUAGAAAUUGCUAAUACAUUGUGAAAUAACGUCUUUCCCGGGUGGAGACCUUAUAUUUACCAGUCUAUGAUAUUUACAGUCUAUGGUGGAGACAGGAAAGAUAAAGUCAAAAGGGACUGGAUCCUCAGUCGCUUCCCUAACCAAGAUUAGGUACAGUAGUAGUGCGGCAGUUCCACUGUAUGUAGCCUACCAUAUACAUACAUUUCUUUGUUUAGCCACAUAAAUGAUAACAUUUAUUUAAGAAAAUAAGCCGUAGGCAGUUCAAAUAUGCUGCAAGUCGGAGACGAACUCACCCUUUUCUCGGUCGUGUUUGUGGGCACACUCCUUGGGACCCGGAGCCCGAUAUGGUCCACCGCCCUCACAGCCUGUCUGUACGCCUUUCUGAUUUUGUUCCGGUUUCCACAAGUCCCGUCCAUGCGGGCAAGACAGGUUCUUCGGCCCACCAAGAACGCUGCGGCUGGUGGGGUGUCCAUCGUUGCUCACCGAGGCGGAGGGCACGAUGCGCCUGAGAACACCAUAGCUGCUAUCCGGGAGGCCCAUAAGAACGGGGCGACGGGUGUGGAAUUGGACCUGGAGUUUACCUCAGAUGGGGUCCCGAUCCUGAUGCAUGAUGAAACUGUAGACAGAACCACCAACGGGUCAGGACCACUUGCACAGCUGAGCUUUUCAGAGCUGAGCAAGCUGGACGCUGCUGCCAAGCACCGCCUUAGUGACAGGUUCCAGGGAGAGAAGAUACCCAUGCUGUUGGAUGCUGUGGAGGAAUGCAUCAAACUGCAGCUCACCAUCUACUUCGAUGUCAAAGGUCACCCAGACGAGGCAGCAGCAGCUUUUAAGGAGCUGUAUCAGAAACAUCCAAUCCUUUACAACACUAGCAUCGUGUGCUCCUUCGAGCCCAAAGUCAUCUACAAGCCACCCGUUCCACUGCCUGACUUCUCAACCUUGACCCCAGAUGCGACAGGCCGACCCGGACGUGGUCACGGCGCUGACCCACCGGCCGUGGAGCCUGUCCCAGUUCGGGGACGGAGCGCCGCGCUUCUCGUCGCCAUGGAAACACCACUGGAUGCGGGCGUUGGACGUCAUUCUCGACUGGGCUCAUCAUCACCUGCUAUGGAAGCUCUGCGGGGUCUCGGCUUUCCUGGUGCAGAAGAACUUCAUAUCUCCGGACUAUGUCCAGUACUGGGCCCAGAGAGGGGUGGAGUUAGUGGGCUGGACUGUCAACACAGCUGUGGAGAAACAAUAUUACCAGGAGACACUGGAUAUCAACUACAUCACUGACAGUCUGUUGGAGGACUGUGAUCCUCAUUACUGAAGUACACACACACACACACACACAGAAUUACACAACCUGUAUGCCUUGGUUUUAUUACACAAACACAAAAACACUUUCAUUCAAGAUGCAAAAUGUGUCAUGGAAACACAGGUUCCUGUCUGAAAAGAAAUUAACCAUCUACAAAACUUGACUGCAGACUAAUGAGCAAAAUAGUAAGAGAAUGUUUUGAGUAAAAUAUCCCUUUAAUUCAAAUAAAGAAAAACAUGCCAGAUGGAUGCGCGCACACAAGCGCGCAAACUGACACAAGCACAAACAAACAGUAAAGAAAGUUUGCCCACGGUAAGUAUUCAGAACACUUCACUUUCUCCACUUUUUUGUUGUGUUAUGGACUUCAUUUUUAAUUUAUUUAAAUAUAUAUAUUUGGGCAAUCAAUCUACACCAUUUUUAAAAAUUAUUUUACAUUUAUUGAAAAUGGAAAACCUUUGCCAUUACACCACAAAUUGAGCUUGGAUGCAUUUUGUCAUUUGAUGCCUCUAGAACUUGAUUGGAGUCCACCUGUGGCAAAUCUAAUUCAUUAGAAAUUAUUUAGAAAGACACACAGUUGUCAGUGCUAUAUCUUAGAUUUUACAAUGCAUGCCACUCUUGUUUAAAAGGAAUAUGACAUGCCUUCUGAGGGGCUGUGAGAGCACGAUGGGGGAAAUAUCAUCUUGUCUGGUGGGACCAAAAUCAAACUAUUAGGUCUGAAUACAAAGCACUACAUCUGGUUCAGAAUAAGGUGCCAGUCAUUAUCUAGUGAAAACCUUCCCUACGGUGAAGCAUGGUAGCGUAAGCAUCAUGCUAUUGGGACAUUUCUUUAGAGACAGUGACUGGGAGACUGGUCAGGAUUGAAGGAAGAAUAAACAGCGUAAUUUAUAGAGGACGUUGAAGAAAACCUUAUGAAGAGCGCACUGGACCUCAGACUGGGAUAAAGAUUCAUCUUUCAACAAGGCAGUAACCUGAUGCACACAGCCAAGACAACGGCUUCGGGACAAGUCUGUGAAUAUCCUUGAGAUGCCCAGCCAAAGCAUGGACUUGAAGCCGUUGGAAUCUGUGUGGAGCCUGAAGAUUGCAGUUCGCUGAUGCUCCCCAUUCAGGAUCUAUGAGAACAAUGGAAAAAAAACCAGCCCCGAUUCAAGUGUUCAAAGCUGGUAGAGGAAUGCCCGAGAAGACUUGAAGCUGUGAUUGCUGCCAAUUUAAUUAAUAAAUGGUCUGAAAACAUAUUUUGUGUGGAUUGAUGGCUAAUGUAAUAAUUUAUUCCUAUAACACAACCAAAACCUGGACAAAGUGUUCUAAGAACUUUCCUAAGGCCCUGCUUGUCUCCAUCAUGACUCAAUAUUCACUAAUGUACUGUAUACACCAACUCAGGGGCACACCUUCUGCAGCCUAAGUCUCCGUCUAAAUACGAACAUUAUAUUCCCACACAAUGCAAUAAUGUGUUUUUCUGAACUGGGAUGUAUGAGUCAGGACCAAUCAAUGUACAUCCAACUGUUCCUCCACUGAGAUGUAUAAAAUACAGGAAGAUGCAUUAACUCUGAUGCAGUGGUCUUAUUAGGUUGACAAAAAAUAAAGUGCAAUAUGGAUGGA